AUGGGUGGACGUUAAUCUUCGGUGGAAUCCGGUAGAUUACAACAACAUCAAGGAUAUUCGGUUGGCCCCUAACAAAAUCUGGAGACCAGACGUUCUCAUGUAUAACAGCGCAGAUGAACAAAUCGACAGCACGUACAAAACCAAUGUGGUUGUGCGUCACAAUGGCAGCUGUAGCUACAUUCCUCCAGGCAUCUUCAAGAGCACGUGUAAGAUCGACAUAACAUGGUUUCCUUUUGACGAUCAACAAUGUGUGAUGAAGUUUGGUUCUUGGACCUAUGAUGGUGGCGCUCUUGAUCUUCGGUUAUCGAGCAACGAAGGUGACCUAUCAAACUACAUUAGCAACGGAGAGUGGGAUAUGAUUGAAGUACGUGGUAAAAGGAACGUUAUAUAUUACGCCUGCUGUCCGGAGCCGUACGUUGACAUUACGUUUGUCAUCCAUAUUCGUCGCCGAACUCUUUAUUAUGGGUUCAACUUAAUCAUUCCCUGCGUUCUCAUAUCAUCAAUGGCUCUUCUAGGGUUCACUUUGCCCCCGGAUUCUGGAGAAAAACUCACUCUAGGUGUGACAAUUCUACUCUCUCUUAUGGUGUUUCUCCUUCAACUGGCUGAAACUAUGCCACCAACUUCAGAUGCUGUGUCUAUUAUCGGAACCUACUUUGCUUGCAUCAUGAUCAUGGUAGCGUUUUCUGUCGUCAUGACAGUGGUUGUUCUAAACUAUCAUCACAGAAGUCAGGAUACGCACGAGAUGCCUGAUUAUAUCAAGACUUUAUUUCUCGUGUGGCUACCUAAGAUCCUCAGGAUGAGGCGUUACGGUAAGUACGAAGAAGAAGAAGGAAAGAAAAGUCAUAUAAAUAACAAAAUGAAGGAACUUGAGCUCAACGAAAGGUGUUCGCGAAGCCUACUCGCGAAUGUUCUAGACAUCGACGACGACUUCAGACUUCAAAAUAGCACCAGCGGAUAUCUACACGUGUCAUCCAGUGAAGAGACAUCGACAGUACACACCUGCAUCAGUGCACAACGAGAACUUAACUCAAUUUUGAAGGAAUUACGGUUUAUAACGAAUCGAAUGAAAGAGGAGGACGAAGCUAACGACAUCGUCGCCGAGUGGAAGUUUGCGGCGAUGGUUGUGGACCGUAUAUGUUUGAUAUUGUUCUCUGUAUUCGCAAUCAUAUCAACUUGUGUCUGCCUUUUACAAGCGCCUCAUCUUGUGGCUUAAUACAGGUGAAUUCGUUAUACAAUGAAAUUGAUGCUACGAUGUUUACAGGUACUUGAACUUCUUGGCUCUUAUGGUAAGAUGUGGAAAACAAUACUCUUUGAUAACGCUAGAAUACAGUCGUAAAGUUUAGAUAAAUUAGUUUAAUUCAGGAUAUUUUACAAUAAUACUAAUUCCUAUAGUAUAUCCUUAAUUACGUGAUAUUAUUUAGCUCAAGAUGAUAAAUUUUCACAAGCUGAAACCAGCAUACGCGUUAAUAAUUCAUUCGUGCUUUACUUCGAACUUCGCGUUCACUGCUGUUGUGACAAGCUCUUAUCUAGGGGUAAUAGCAAUAAGUUACGUAAUUCCAUAUUAUAAUGCCUUUUAAGCUCUCGAUGUUAAAAGUUAUUAUCUGCAAACUGUCAGAUUAGAAUAGAAAAAGACUUUGAAAAUGUACCAAAUGUUUGUUGAUUCGGUAAUGAUGAAACCUGAUAUCUUUGGUAAUUAAUUUUGGUUGUUGACCUAGCUGUGUAUUAUAAGUUUUCAUUCCGUAAUGUAAACAUUAUAGAUCAAUCAUAGAUCAAAUACGUUCUUCUGAAAGAAUUGAUACAAUAUCAAACAUUUUUUGAUCCAAAAACGUCUUCUAAAUAUUAACAACUUCCGCUUAACAAUCUUUUUAAAUCAUUUAGAAACGUUUUACUUUCUUCUCGUGUAUAAAAUAGCGUCUGUUUUAUAUAUCUGAGAGACGUUUAGUAAAACAAACAGUAAAAGAAAAAUAUAAUUCAUUACAACCUUAGCCUUCAAGUUUGAAAAUUCAUCGAUAUAUAUGUACAUGAUUUCUGUUUUCUGUACAAGAUUCAGGAUGAGCUUGAUCAAACGAUCAAGCUCUAUAAUCAUUUUAAUCACUCUAUUCAAUCUUUUCGUGUGUGUGUAACUAAGAUUGUACAUAAAUAUUGUGUUACUCAGGUAGACCAUAUACUGAUUCAUCUUUCUUUUGCGCCUGCGCGUGUUUCUCUCCUUUUCUUACACAAAUGCUGUAUAAAGGAAAGUUAAUCUCAAAUAUUCUCUUUUGCAAAUGAAAAUCGAUAUUUGCCCGAAAAAUAUCAUGUUCUGGAAGAAAAAAAAAGUUAAUUCUCUCGAACCGUCUUUACUUCCAUUUCAGUUGAAUAAUAACUUCUGAUUCUGCAUUCAUGUUAAGACUGAUCUUAGGCUGAAUGUAUCGGACUUUUGACCUAAAUCCCCCGAGUUUCCUUUUCCUAACAGUAGGCCCGGCAUGGCCAGGUAGUUAAAGCACUCGACUUGCAAUCUGAGGGUCGCGGGU